GUUUUCGUUAAUAGUUUGAUAUUUGAUAUUAAAGAGUUUCGAGGUUUGAAAAAGGCGUGGGACAUUAAUUAAUCUGAACUCCUUUAGGUUAUUGGGUGAGUUUUAUAGACUGCGUAUAUGUUUUGCGUUUUCUUGAGUUAUUCUUAGACAUGCGAGAGUGAAUUUAUAUGUCAUAACUAAAAGACACAGACCUCCUGACUCCAUAGGAUCGCGAACACAUUACAAAGACUGCUUAGGUCACUGAACGACGACAGAGACACGUAGACCCUUGGGAAGGAACCUGCUAGUCCCCGUUUCCAUGGCGCCACACCCGGCCGUCCAGGCGGCUAUUGACCUCUCCGCCGGAGCCAUAGGCGGUGCAGCUUGUGUGUUCAGCGGCCAGCCUCUGGACACGGCCAAGGUGAAGAUGCAGACCUUUCCUUCGCUGUACCGUGGCUUCCUGCACUGCUUCCUGUCCACCUACAAGCAGGAGGGGCUGCGGGGGCUGUACCAGGGCACUGCUCCCGCACUCUUGGCCAACGUCGGCGAGAACGCUGUGCUCUUCAUGGGCUACGGCGUCUGCCAGGAGGUGGUGCGGCUGGUGUGGAGGGGCGGGGCUGAGGGCGGGGCCAGCUCAGAGCUCAGCGAUACCCAGAAGGCCUGUGCCGGCUCAGUUGCCUCCAUCUUCUCCUCGCUGGUCCUGUGCCCCACGGAGCUGCUGAAAUGCCGCCUGCAGGCCAUGCACGAGAUGGCAACCCUGGGCAAGGUCCCCACCAGGCAGAGCACGCUGUGGUCUGUGGUGCGGGACGUGAUGCGGAAAGACGGGCCCCUGGGCUUUUUCCAGGGCCUCACCAGUACCAUCGCCAGGGAGGUGCCGGGAUACUUUUGCUUCUUCGGGGCCUAUGAGCUGAGCCGGACCUCAUUCGCCCGUUACCUGGGCACGGGCAAGGAUGACAUUGGUGUGGUUCCCAUAAUGCUCAGUGGCGGAUGCGGGGGCUCCUGUCUCUGGCUGGUGGUGUACCCCAUGGACUGCGUCAAAUCCCGCAUCCAGGUGCUGUCCAUGACGGGCCGGCAGGCAGGUUUCCUCAAGACCCUGGUGGACAUCGUCCGGGUCGAAGGUGUCUGCGUGCUCUACUCCGGCCUCACGCCCACCCUGAUCCGCACCUUCCCCGCCAACGGCACACUCUUCCUGGCCUACGAAGCCUGCCGCGGCCUGAUGAUGAGCCGCUUUGGCAACUGAGCGCGCCAUACCUGCUGCUUCUUGAUUGGCUGCCUGCCUGGCCUUCGUGCUCCGCCCCCUUGGACCUGGGUUCCAACUGAGCGCGCCAUACCUGCUGCUUCUUGAUUGGCUGCCUGCUUGGCCUUAGUGCUCCGCCCCCUUGGACCUGGGUUCCAACCUGCCGGCCAUCCUGCUGAUCCCCUGCCCACCCGCCCACAUCUGGGUGUCCAUCACCUCCACCCUGAACAUUAUUUAAGCCACCCUGUCUCAGAACGUGGCACUCGGAACAUUCUGGAAACAUGUCUGCCCACAGGAGGACUUUCAUUUUGCAACUUCACUACCUCUUUGUGGAAGGGACGUCUGUGUGGAUCAAGGGGUCUUCUGCAGAGGUUAGAAUUUCUGGAAACAUGGUUUGCAACCCAAACGAUUUUUAUUUAAACAGCAGGGUCAGCCCACAGCAAAACUGAGCAAAGUUCCUGUUUCAUCUCAUGAGCUUACUAGCUGGUAGUAUUUAUUCAGGGAUAUGUUUUAUGGAUGUGCAUUAGUCAGUUUGAACUCACUCCAGUAAUCCCCUACUUGAGCACUUUCAUUUGGAAGAGUUGAUGUCUAAUGGCUUAUAAAUGAACUAUAAUUCUCACUGUAACAAGGUCAGACUCAGGACAGCUGUUUACAUCUGAGCUAAGCAGCCCAGAUCUCAUCAUCACACACCAGGUUCAUCCAUCUUCUGACCAUUCAUCCAGUACUGGGUGGUGGGGAGCCGAUCCCAGGAAGUGCCGCCCAUCAGAGGGACACCUGCAAACAGCACAGGCCGUGUAGAUACACCAAGCCAGCUGACUGGGUGUCCUUAGGGUGUGGAAGGAUGCUGGAGAACUUGGGAGGAACUCGCAGAAUACAGGGAGCACAACGCUCACCCCACACAACCUGGGUAGAACAUGCAAGCUCAACAUGAGGAGAACACACAAACCCCAAACAACAGGUGGAGAUCACGCAGACUCCCCACAACACGGGAAGAACAUGCAAACUUCACACAACACUAGGAAACAUACAAUCUUCACACAACACGGGGAGAACAUGCAAACUUCACACAACACUAGGAGAACACACUAACUCUACACAAGGAGAACUUGCAAAGCCCACUCAACACGAAGAGAAUGCGCAAACUCAACACAACACAGGGAGGAGAGAAGGUUACCCACAGCUCUGUCCACUUCAGAUUUUAUUUAGCUCCUAAGGAUGAAAGAGGAUGUUCCUCCUCCACGUUCAAAUAACCAACCCCUCACUUCCCAGGGUGACUGCUGUGAGAGACGCCUUUUGCUGAUAACCAAAAUUUAUCAACACACAUCCUAGCAUUAGUAUUCGUUUCAGUGUAAAAUGGAUUCUCAUGAAUGUGUUUCACCCUCCAAUUCCUCCUUAUUCUGCCAUGGGGAUUCGAUUAUUUACCCUUUUCUAUCAGAAUAAAGGUUACAGAUUUUACA